AUGGAACGUGGCGGCGGUUCUUCGCGACCCAACUCGUUCUACAGCCAGGCGUCUACCUCGUCCUGCUGCUCGCUUGCGGAUAGUCGGGCCGAAAUGCGUGGAUUAAUGGACUCGUUUAUUGCUGAUGUGCAGCGAAUCCGUGAAACCUUUGAUCCGUCUGCGGUUCCAGAUGGCCGCGCUGCGUCCCCAGUCCGCAAUGAUGAUGUAGAAACGGCCCCACCUGUUCCCGGCGCUUACCAAGUCCGCCCAUCAUCCCCUUCCAUCGAAUCAUAUGAACAUAAAGGUAUCUGGUGUGAUUCCUGUAACCAGAAGGUCUUUGGGAUUCGCCACAAGUGCCUGGACUGUUACAAUUACGAUUUGUGCAACUCGUGCAUGACUACUAAAGAUAUUCAGUCUACCCACGCCGACAUGCCGCACACUUUCGAAGCUGUCCACCCACCCAAACCCAAGCCUGCUCCUAAAUCUGUUCCGCGAGCGCGUUCCAAGUCGCCGAGCCCUUUGCCGAAAUGCCUUUGCUCUGUCUUACCUCGUCCGCUCGGGUGUGAAGUAUGCAAACCUAGGAAGUCUACAGCACCCAAGGCACCACUGUCCUAUAGAUGUGACUCGUGCCAGAAAAUCAUCGACGGUAAUCGGCACAAAUGUAUGAAUUGCUCCGAUUUUGACUUGUGCGAGGGCUGCUAUACUUCUGGCUUCCCCGUAUUCGACCACUCGCCCGUACAUCGCUUCAUGCAUAUUGAGCACCCUGUUCGCGUCAUCACUGCUCCGGCUAUGAUGGUUUCCGACACCAUUCAUCCUCUUACUGGCGGCUGUACUCACGAGGGGCCUCGCUACAAGUGCGAGAACUGUGACGAUGUGGACCUUUGCACCGCUUGCCUCGGUCCUGUCGAGCGCGCCACUAUUCAGCACGCGGCUUGGCAUACUGAGAAACGAUCAGACAAGCCUGUUCGGCUUGUCCCAUACAACAAGGAUGCAAAACCCCAGACACCCAAGUCGACUACGUUGCCCCUUGCCGUCCACCACGCCGAAUGUGAUGCGUGCGAUGAAACCAUCGUCGGCAUUCGCCACAAGUGCACCAUUUGCCACGACUUUGACCUCUGUGAUGUAUGCUUCAAGGCUAACGUCGAGCCAAUGAAUCACAAGUCCGACCAUGAUAUGCUUCAUCUCGAACGUCCUCAACGGAUCAUCACACAUGUCGUUGGAUCUGGACGUGGCCCCGCCACGGUUCCUGUGGCUACUAGCUCCACUAGCACCGCCACCCCGAACGCCCUCCACAAUGCCUGGUGUGAUGCUUGCUCCGAGCGUAUCCGUGGUAUUCGUCACAAGUGUCUCGAUUGCGAUGAUUUCGAUUUCUGUAAUGCCUGCGUCGGAACGGACCACUUUAACGGGGACCACACAUUCUACGCGCUCACGGAGCCCGGCCAAGUCGUCGUUCGUAACAUUCCUGAAGAACCCACUCGCCCCCGCGGACGUCCCCAGGUCAGCGUACAGACAAUUCCGCCGCCUAUUCUGGCACCUCCAGCACCCCCUAUCUUACCACCCUCUCAUCGAGCUCCACGUCCCGCGCGCCCGGGUCCGCCUGCGCAUUCGGCAGCCUGCGAUAUGUGUUCGUCACGUAUCCGUGGUGUGAGGUACAAGUGCACUGCCUGCCCGGAUUAUGACGUAUGCGAGAGUUGCUUCCGCGUCUCUGAAGAGGUUCAUCCCGGACACUCGUUCGCCAAGGUUUACCAACAGGGAGACAUUGUUGUCCGCAAGUCUUCUCAGACCGGUUUCCGCCAUCACGCGCGCUGUGAUGUGUGCCAAAAGCAGAUUACCGGUACUCGCUACAAGUGCAUUCAUCCUUCAUGCCCCGACUUUGAUAUCUGCGAGCGUUGCGAGGCCAUGCCGUUUGCUGUUCACCCCGAGACCCAUGCCUUCGUCAAGCUCAAAUCACAUAUUGCGAGCUAUGAUGGCCUCAAGAACGUGUUCGCUUUCGCCGCCGGUCGCCAGACUUCACAGCCUCAGACCCCCUCCUUGCAGGUACCCACCCCCAAGGUCCGCAUCCCGACCCCUGGCUCGCAGAUCCCACCGUCGCACAAUGCUGGAUUGUCUGCUUACACCGAACCCAUGGCUGGCGCCGAGGUCUUCCACACCGCAGCCACUCCUUCUCCCAUUGUUCCCCUCUCCACGCUCGGAUGUACUAUCGUCCCGCACACCACUAUCGUCCCAAGUCUACCUCAAUCUCCAGAGCCUCUGUGCGCGUCACCACAGGCUGUGUCUAUUCCGGCCAUUCCAUCACCCAUCCCCUCGCCGCCACCUAUCCCUGGCUCAUCGCUCACUCCCGAGAGGAAACUCACCGCCUCAUGGGCUGCUGCUUCAUCGGGUGCCAAGCUGGACGAGCACAUGAUACACCACUCGGACAUGUACAAACCUUCGUAUGAGGCCCCACCGAUCAACCCUAUUCAUGAGCUCCAGGCACAAACCCGUGGUCGCCGUACUGAGGCUCUCUCAGUCGCUCCCCCUCGUUUGUCUGUCACUAUCCAGGAAGAGCGGGACCCCGAGGCUCCGCAAAUGACAUUGGUCAAUGCCCGCCCAGUUUCGCUUCCUGAUGUUCCUGUACACGAGCCGAUUGUCAUCCAGUCUCCAUCUAGGGCCACCACUCCCGAAGUCUCUGCUCAUCCCCUCCUCCAGCCUGUGGCCUUGGUCGCCCAGCCCGAGUCCUCUGUUGUGUCGCUCGAAGCUAGCCCUGAUAUCAGGCCCGAGGAUUCUGUCAGCGUGGUCUCCGACCUGGUUUCUGUCGUUGAGUUGGUUCCCGAGGUUGUGACUUGCGCGUCUGUUGCUUCCGAGUCCGACACCUCUUCCGAGGUCGACACCGCUUCUGAGCCUGAGAUUGUCGCUAAGCCCGAAACUGUCGUCGAGACCGAGGUCGAGGCCGAGCCUGUUACUCCUGUCGCCGAUCCUGAGAUCCCAGGGUUGUUACCGGUGUACCCUCAUCCUCUCCGUGCCGGUCUUCCCAAUAUGAUCCCGCUCGUUUCAUCCCCAAGCUCCACGAUGUCUUCCGCCUCGAUCGUCUCAUAUACAUCUCCCUUUGAGGCUGCAUUCAUCGAGGACAGGACCAUUGUUGACGGACAAAUCGUUUCUGGCGGCGCCGAGUUCUCCAAGAUCUGGAGAAUGCGCAACACGGGAACUGUGGCCUGGCCCAAGGACACCACCAUCUCUUUUGUUGGAGGACACAACAUGAGCACUCAAGUUCACUGGCUCGUCGGAGGCGACCUCUCUCCAGGACAGGACAUUGACGUUGAAGUCGACAUGAAGGCUCCUGAGGAACCCGGCCGCUACAAUGGCACUUGGUCUCUCAAGACCCCCGAGGGCGAGACGUUUGGCUCCAAGGUAUGGUGCGACAUUGUCGUUGCCGAAAUCGAGCGCGCUGGGUCGUCUGGAAAUAGCGAGGUCUCUGCGUCGAGCAUCAUCGUCCCCACUCGUGCACCUGGUAUGUCCGUCGCCACCAUGUCAACAACUCCGGCAUCCCCCGCGGUCGAAUCCGUCUCAUCCACGAUUCGUUCUUCGAGCGUGACUGAUAUGGCCGAUGACGACGAUGUGAGCAUCGGUACAGACGACUCGGAUGAUCUGAUCUGGGAUGAAGUACGUCGCCGUGGCCAGGGUACUUCCCCACACUGA